ACAGCAUUAACACGCACACGCACGCACACAGGCUCUCAUCGCGCGCUCCCCCGAUUGGCCAACGACAACCUCGUCGACCGGCCCCUGCGAUCACAAGCCCCGCCCCUCACUCGCUGCGCCCGCGCCGAUUGGGGCGGGCUCCCUGUCACUCACGCCGGGGCUCCUUGUGCGCGCUCGGCGUGCUGUGCUGCGGGCUGAGGGGCGACGAGGCGCGCUGCAUACCAACACACGCACACACUCGCACACACUCGCACACACGCACCCACACACGCACACACACACACGCGGACGAAGCGGGACCCGCAAAAAUCCGUCCAUGUCAAGUUUGGAUGCUUGUUGUUGGUGCAAGAACCUUCAGCCUGACCGGACCGACCAGACUCGGACUGUGGAAUAUUGCUUUUUAUCUUGGCUGGCCAUUGGCGGCCGACGCAAACACCGCGUGGACUCUCUCUGCGGCGGGGAAGGCGACAAGUGGACCAGGCUGAUGUUCGGCUCCGGGCGCGUGUAGGAGAACAAUCGUCGGGCGCUACGGGAAUAUCUCCAAGAAGAAUCGGACAAGUCCAUCGUCAUCGUCAUCAUCAUCAUCAUCAUGGGCUGCCCCCUCCCGUGGACCCCCCUGGCCGGCUUGGUGCUGCUUGUGUUGUGUGAAGGCUCCAGCGUCCACGCAGCAGAGUUUGGCCCCCUGCCGGACAACAUCACCGUUUUAGAAGGAGAGAGCGUCACUCUGAGGUGUCGCAUUGACGAGGAGGUGACCCACAAGGCGUGGCUGAACCGCUCCAACAUCCUGUUCACGGGCACGGACAAGUGGUCGCUGGACAAGCGGGUGACGCUGGUGAACAGCAACAGCAGCGACUUCUCCAUCCACAUCGAGAAGGUGCAAGUGAGCGACGAGGGGCCGUACACGUGCACGUUCCAGGCCAACAACAAGCCCCGCAUCGGCCACGUCUACCUCAUUGUGCAAGUGCCGGCCAGGAUCAUCAACAUCUCCACGGACGUGUCGGUGAACGAGGGCGACAACGUGAGCCUCUUCUGUCUGGCCGUGGGCCGGCCCGAGCCCACCGUCACCUGGAAAGACCAGAAAUACGGUCUGGUGAGCGAGGGCGAGUUCCUGGACAUCACGCAGAUCAAGAGGCAGCAGGCCGAGGACUACGAGUGCAUCACCCACAACGGCGUCGCCCCGCCCGACCAGCGCAAGGUCAAGGUCACAGUCAACUACCCCCCCAUGAUCACCGACAUGAAGAACCUGCCGGCCCAUUUGGGAAAGACGGCCAUCUUGCGCUGCGAGGCCAUGGCGGUCCCGCCCGCCUCCUUCGAGUGGUACCAAGACGACCACAGGCCCGUGGAGAGCAACAACAUCCUGAAGAUCAAGAACGAGAAGACGCGCUCGCUGCUGUUGUUCUCCAACGUGACGGAGAAGCACUUUGGCAACUACACCUGCUUCGCCAGCAACCGUCUGGGGGCCUCCAACGCCAGCAUGCUGCUCUUCCGAAGUGGUCAGGAUCCACGAGUAAAGACAUCACAUUUCCCCCAAGACAAGAAUGAAGAGGAAAGACGCCCUGAUGCCCCUGCAGAGGAAAGACGCCCUGAUGCCCCUGCAGAGGAAAGACGCCCUGAUGCCCCUGCAGAGGAAAGACGCCCUGAUGCCCCUGCAGAGGAAAGACGCCCUGAUGCCCCUGCAGAGCAAAGACGCCCUGAUGCCCCUGCAGAGGAAAGACGCCCUGAUGCCCCUGCAGAGGAAAGACGCCCUGAUGCCCCAGCGAACAAACGAAAAGAGAAACACCAUAAAAGUGGUUCAAGCAAGGCUGAUUGGUCCAGGACUCCAGCAUCAGGACUCCAGCCUCGAGUGUAUAAAAGACCGGGCAGGGAAAGGAAGGGUGCUUUUUUUGCAGCUGCGCUGUAAUAAGACCCGCUUACUUGUAGGCAUACAGGGACUGCAGAUAAGCCCGGGCGUCUGUAUUAGGUAUUGUCAGGAAUAAACAAUCUGGUUCUCAUUCUAUGAUCUGGUUCUUUAAGAUUCCCUUAUCCUCUAUUCCAAACCCACUUAGAGUCCUCAGGGGGAGGAUACAAAGUCAAGAAGUGUGUCCUUACCCCGCCUCCUCAGCAGGAGACACGCCAGCAAGACCAGGAGCAACACCAGGAUGAGGAGCAGCAGGAAACUGCCAAUCACGAUCCCGACCACUUCGCCUACGUCCAGGCACGUGUCUGCAAGGGAAAGAAGAGCAUGUGGUCUUGGGCUGAUCCAGCUGGGAAACCAUCACCUUGAACCUCCCGGCUUGGCAGAGGGACCAGGCAAGGGUAAGAGAAAAGACGAGACAAGGACUUCACACAAAGAAAACGUGGAAAGGAGGAGGAAGUGCGUGUGCGUGCGUGUGUGUGUGUGUGUGCGCGUGCGUGUGUGUCAGAGAGAGAAAGUCAAAUGACCACAUUCCCGCCAGAUCAAUCUCCCAGGAUGCAUUGUGUCCCUCUGCUGUCAUGAAGACGGAUUCAGGCCCACAUUCCAAACAAUCCGCCAUCUUUAUCCUCAGAGGUCACGCGUGCUCGUAACUCACUUUCCACCGACACGUCUGUCGCCUGCUCCGACGUGCCGCCCGUGACCUCGUUCCUGGCCGUGCAGGUGAAACGCCCGCCGUCGUCUGUGGAGGACGUCUGGACGUCGAGCACGCCGCUGUCGGGCUGCGCCGGCACCACCGCCUCGCCGUCACGCUGCCACGUGUAGGGGGCGGGCGCUGAUCACAAAAGACCGUCAGCACGACGGGAUUGGAUGGAAGCGAAUGCAAAUAGUGGAGGAGUGUGCUGCAUAGGAGAUGAAGGUGAUGAGCCAGAAACCUCUCCUCCAUGGUCGCGGGUCAGCGCCGGCAUUGAAGCUCCCACACAUCAUCAUCAUCAUCACCAUCAUCACCAUCAUCAUCAUCACCAUCAUCAUCAUCACCAUCAUCCCUGUGCUUACCGAAAACCCUCAGGAGAACCGAUCGGGAGUUUUCCGUCAGCCCCGUGGAGGCCACGGGGACCACGUCCACGGCGUAGUCCCCCGCGUCCGCCAGCUGGGCGCCCCCGAUCCGGAGCUGCGUGGCCGUGAUGGUGACCCGGCCGCUGAACUGCGGCACCGCGUUGAUGGUGGACGUCCCGCCGACCCACAGACCCAAGAUGACGCCCUCGUAGCGCCAGGUCACAGACAGCACAUCGGGAAUGGUUAGCACCGUGAACUGGAUCUCUGUGCCGGUCAGGACCAGAACGGGGUCAGUCUGGAACUGGAUCUGGACCUGGUCCUGGGCUUGCACGAGG